UCCGCCCGGUGUCCCAGCGGCACCUGCACUCGGUCGCCGCCGCUCUCCCCGCACGGGACGACGUCGCUGCCCUCAGCGCGCAACCGAGCCACCCCCGAGCAGGCACCAUGAUGCAGGUGAAGAAGUAUCUGCUGAAGUGCCUGCACCGGUUGCAGAAGGGCCCUGGCUAUACCUACAAGGAGCUGCUGGUGUGGUACUGUGACAACACCAAUACCCAUGGCCCCAAGCGCAUCAUCCGUGAGGGGCCCAAGAAGAAGGCCAUGUGGUUCCUGAUCACGCUGCUCUUCGCCUCCCUCGUCUUCUGGCAGUGGAGCAACUUCAUCAAGACCUACCUGGACUGGGAGGUCAGCGUCUCCCUCUCCAUGGGCUUCAAGGCCAUAGACUUCCCCGCCGUCACCAUCUGCAAUGACAGCCCCUUCCAGUACUCCAAGGUCAAGCACUUGCUGAAGGACUUGGACGAGCUGAUGGAGGCCGUGCUGGAGAGCAUCCUGGCUCCCGAGACUCGCCAGGCCAACACCACCAAUACCACCAAGACCCUGAACCUCACCCUGUGGAACUACAUGCCCCUGGUCUUGAUCGACGAGCGUGACCCACAGCACCCUGUGGUCCUGGACCUCUUUAGCUAUGAUCAUGACGGCUUGGCCAGCAGCAACCCAGUGCCAGGACAGACCUGCAAUGCCCAGGAGUGUAAAGUGGCAAUGAGAUUAUGUAGUCUCAAUGGGACCGUGUGCACCUUCCGGAAAUUCACCAGCGCCACCCAGGCAGUGACUGAGUGGUACGCCCUGCAGGCCACCAACAUCUUCGCACAAGUGCCACGCGGGCAGCUCGAACAGAUGGGCUCGUCAGCUGAGCGGAUGAUCCUGGCCUGCCUGUUUGGGGCAGAGCCCUGCAACCACCGAAACUUCACAACCAUCUUCUACCCUGAUUAUGGCAACUGCUUCAUCUUCAACUGGGGCAUGACGGAGAAGGCCCUGCCCUCAGCCAACCCAGGCACGGAGUUUGGUCUGAAGCUGAUCCUGGACAUUGGCCAGGAAGACUAUGUCCCCUUCCUGGCAUCAAAGACCGGUGUCCGGCUUAUGCUGCACGAACAACGCUCCUAUCCCUUCAUCCGAGAGGAGGGCAUUGAUGCCAUGUCGGGGACAGAGACGUCCAUUGGGGUGCUGGUGGAUAAGCUGCAGCGCAUGGGUGAGCCCUACAGCACAUGCACCAGGAACGGUUCUGACGUGCCCAUUCCAAACCUCUACAGCAGCUACAAUACCACCUACUCCAUCCAGGCCUGUCUUCACUCCUGCUUCCAAACCCACAUGAUCUACAACUGCCGCUGCGGCCACUAUCUGUACCCCCUGCCCGCUGGGCAGCAAUACUGCAACAGCCAGGACUUCCCGGACUGGGUCUCUUGCUACUUGGGUCUACGGAUGAGCGAGGCCCAGAGGGAGACGUGUAUCCACAUGUGCAAACAGUCAUGCAAUGACACCCAGUACAAGAUGACCAUCUCCAUGGCUGACUGGCCUUCCGAGGCCUCUGAGGAUUGGAUCUUCCACGUGCUGUCUCAGGAGCGGGAUCAGAGCACCAACAUCACCUUGAGCAGGAGAGGAGUGGUCAAACUGAACAUCUAUUUCCAAGAAUUCAACUACCGCACCAUUGAGGAGUCAGCCGCCAACAAUAUCGUCUGGCUGCUGUCCAAUCUGGGCGGCCAGUUCGGCUUCUGGAUGGGGGGCUCCGUACUGUGCAUCAUUGAAUUUGUCGAGAUCAUCAUCGACUUUGUGUGGAUCACCGUUAUCAAGCUGGUGGCGUUUGUCAAGGGCCUGCGGCAGAGGAGGGCCCAGGCCCGCUACGCUGGCCCACCACCCACUGUGGCCGAGCUGGUGGAGGCACACAGCAACCUGGGCUUCCAACCAGAUGUUCCCGGUCCCAGCGGCCCCAGCGGCCUCCGAGCCGAGACCUACUCCCACGAGCAGGCUCUACCGAUCCCUGGCACCCCGCCCCCCAACUAUGACUCCCUGCGCCUGCAGCCUCUGGACAUCAUGGAGUCUGACGGCGAGAGCGACGCUGUGUAGAGCCUGCCCCUGCCCUGGGCAACCCAAGGACUCACAGCCAAGAAGCGGAGGCCAGUUGUGGUCCAUGGUCUUGUUCUGUGACGCCUUCUGCAGCAAGAGCCUGGGCCAGAAGUGUCAGAGGCCAGAACCCCGUCUCCCCACAGAGAGGCCAGCAGUGACCAGUCAGCCCCACGGCAAGGGCGUGCCUCUCUCCAGGGUCGCGGGGCUGGCACAGGAGGAAGCUGUGCUCUCCCCAGCUCCUGCUGUAUGCCUGUCCUGGCAGCUGCCCACUGCCCUCCCAGUGCCAGUCGCUCUGGGCCUGAGAGGAGCACACGGCAUGCCCUGAGGUCCAUGCACCAGGUUCGGGCUCCCUUACCCUCCCCUCCUCCCUCCUUCCCUCAAGGAACAGCAUCAGGUGUGGGCACAGUCUUCAUUCUGGAAAAUAAAAGUAGAAAACUCCAAGUCAACCCCUGUUCUUUACAAGCUCCAGGGGCUACUCUCUCUUUUUGAAAAUUUAUUUUAUUUUACUUGAAAGUCAGAGUUAUGGGGGUGAGGAAGAGAGAGAGAGAGAGAGAGAGAAAGAGAGCGAGAGAGAGAUCAUCUAUCCACUGAUUCACUCCCCAAAUGGCCACAAUGACCACAGCUGGACAGGUCCAAAACUGGGAGGCAGGACCUUCUUCUGGGUCUUUCACCAUGGGUACAGGAGCUAAAGGCCUUGGGCCAUCCUCUACUGCUUUCUCAAGCCACAGGCAGGGAGUUGGACUGGAAGUAAUAGCAGCCGGGACUAGAACCAGUGUCCAUAUGGGAUGCCAGUGCUGCAGAGGGUUAGUUUACUAUGCCACUGCAUCCGCCUCUCUUCUGACUCUCGAAGCUCCUUUCAGGUUGUCCCU